CACAAAAGUCUUCAUGGCCCAAUACCACUUGUUCUGGAUGUACAGUAUAGCCCUGAGUUUUAACCUUUAUGUAGAUGACCUACUUUGAGUAGAAAUGGGAAAGGUUUUUUGGUUGAUUAGCCUCCAUUUUGCAUCAUUUGGCACUGUGUAGCCACUUGCCUGUCCGUGCACUGUGCUUCCUGGUGUUUCAGGGGCUGAAUAACCAGUGUAACACCAGACUUCAGCUAUAUAGGGACAGCACAUGUGCGUGGUGGUGUGUGGGGUGUGGGAUUAGACAGGCACCAGCUCAUACUGCUCCUACGAGCCCCAUACCCACCACUGCCUCCUUACCCCUCUGGAACACGGCUAAGCUUGCUGAACCUAUCCUGGUUCUGCAGUGCGGUGAUAUCUGCAGUCCCCAGUGCUCCCAGUCCUUGGAAAUACUACACAGGGAAAAAACCCAAAUGGGUUGGGAUUAUUUACUAGCUCAGGUUUUGUGAUAAGCAAAAAUUACCUGCUUUGCUUUUAGAACUGUGAUAUGUUAAUAAUGUGAAAUAAAAUGAAUAAGAAACAAAUAUUUGGUGUAGGCAAAGUAUAAUCCAUUUAGAAACUUGCCACGAGUUUGACAUUAAUAUUGUCUCUCUCAGAAGGAAAGUACCACAAUGGCCAUGACUGCCACAUUUCUGAAAGCUCCUCAAAUUCAGUGAUGUUACUCCUUCCUUCUGCUGUCUUGCAUCUCAGAGACUGCAAGCGCUUUCAGGGCAGCUACGUUUCUCCUCUGUGUCCUUUUCCUCUGUUAUCUGGCAUACUCUGUUUCACCCCAUUACUUCCUACAUGAUUGUAAAUCUGAGAGCACUUGCAAGCAUCGGGAUUCAGUGCUGCAUUCCUGUCCCUGCAGCGCACCAAUUGCGAUGCGAGGUGCUGAGCCAUCUGCUGCAGAGUGUGCUGGGAUCCCUGCGGUUAAUUUGCAGCUGUUGAAAAGGGAGGCUGGGGAGAUUUCAGCUCAGAUAUGUCUGAGGUGAAGGAUGGAGAGAAACAAUUGAGUCAGAAAAAAGGGCUGUUUAGGCAGGAUGGAAGAUUCUUGCUUAUGCAAGAAGUUGGCAAGGCUUAUCUUGCACAAAGCUCUGCAGUUGUAUCUUACAGAACUUGACACUAGAUCCCUCUGGGUAGGUGUAUCGAGAGUCAGAGUAUUUAUCUCUGAAAAUAAUCAGCAUUUCACAUGAGUUGUUAUAUUUAUCAACAUCAACAGGAAAGACACAAACCUGUAGAUUAAGUCCUGAUGUUGAAUGUUUUCGGAGAAAUAGUUUUUCCUCUCGCAUCCACCUCCACCUUUCACUACGUGUUCUGACUCCAGUCUCCAAUCUUCCUGACUUUACCAGCCAUGUUCUGCCGUGUUCAUAUGGCCAGGAGUCACCGGGACACAUUAUGAAGACCAGUGGGGAGGAGGACAAGCAGCUCAGCGUGGUCACUCUGAAGAAGUGACUGCGUGAUUAGCCACACCGCGUGUAUAGCUCCACUGCAUGACAGGUUAGUGUAUGAGGCUUUUUAAUGCACGGGAGAUGGGUCAGGACCAGACAAAGCAACAGAUAGAGAAAGGACUCAAUCUUUACCAGUCUAAUCAGACCGAAAAAGCCCUGCGAGUCUGGAUGAGGGUGUUGGAGAAGUCUGCGGAUCCUGCUGGCAGGUUUCGGGUUUUGGGUUGCCUCAUCACUGCUCAUGCAGAGAUGGGCAGAUACAAAGAUAUGCUGAAGUUUGCAGUGGUACAGACUGACACAGCACGGGAGCUGGAAGACCCGGAUUUCCUUACAGAGAGCUACCUGAACCUGGCUCGCAGCAACGAGAAACUCUGUGAAUUCCAGAAAACAAUCUCUUACUGUAAGACGUGCCUGAACAUGCAGGGUACGACGGUGAGCCUGCAGCUGAACGGCCAGGUGAGCCUCAGCAUGGGCAAUGCCUUCUUGGGCCUCAGCGUUUUCCAGAAGGCUCUGGAGUGCUUUGAGAAGGCUUUACGCUACGCACACAACAACGAUGACAAGAUGCUGGAGUGUCGAGUCUGCUGCAGCCUCGGGAACUUCUAUGCACAGCUAAAGGACUACGAGAAAGCCUUAUUCUUCCCAUGUAAAGCAGCUGAGCUGGUGAAUGAUUAUGGCAAGGGCUGGAGCUUGAAGUACCGUGCAAUGAGCCAGUACCACAUGGCAGUGGCCUAUCGGAAGCUGGGGCGCUUGGCAGAUGCUAUGGACUGCUGUGAGGAGUCCAUGAAGAUAGCCCUGCAGCACGGCGACCGGCCUCUGCAAGCACUGUGUCUGCUGUGCUUUGCAGAUAUCCAUCGCAGUCGCAAAGACAUACAGACAGCCUUUCCUCGGUAUGAUUCCUCCAUGAGCAUCAUGACAGAGAUUGGAAACCGCCUGGGCCUGAUCCAGGUGCUGCUUGGAGUGACCAAGUGCUGGAUGAUCCAGAAGGAGCUGGACAAGGCUCUGGAAAGCAUUGAAAAGGCACAGGAGCUGGCAGAGGGACUAGGGAACAAGCUUGGCCUGCUGAAGCUCCACUGCCUGUGUGAAAGGAUCUAUCGCACAAAGGGGCAGCAGCGAGAAUUGCGUGACCAUGUAGUGAAGUUCCAUGAAUGCGUGGAGGAGAUGGAGCUGUACUGUGGCAUGUGUGGAGAGUCCAUUGGGGAGAAGAACAACCAGCUCCAGGCGCUGCCUUGCUCCCACUUCUUCCACUUAAAGUGCCUCCAGACCAACGGGACCCGGGGCUGCCCCAACUGCCGCCGCUUGUCGGUGAAGCCCGGCUACGUCUGACCCUGCCGCGGGGCUCGGCCUGCGCCUCUGGAACUGCGGCACCCCCGCUGUGC